AUGGCGACCGUCCAGAUCUCAGAACCCGCGAUCGAGAAGCUGUUGGCAGCGCUGCCUGCAUCGGCGCUGGAGAAGGCGCCGCCGACCAACCUCCCGACAUCCCUGCCGCUCGCGUUCCCGACCGAGCUGCAUCACAUCAACUUCCUCUCCGCCCUGCAUCUGGUGGCAAACACCUUUGCGCAGCCGAAACACCGCGUCUACUUUGCCGAGCAGAAUCAGGAUGUCGGCGAGACCGCCCUCCGCGGUAUCCUCGGCAUGUUCCUUGCGUCCGAUCAAGGGUGGGACAAGAAGAACCUCCUUUCGGCGCAGGCAUGGGUGGCGGGCGAGCUCGGGGAGGCCCAGGUCGCCGAGUUCUUCGGUAUCGAGACGCACCACGAGCGUGAUCACGAGUCCAUGCCUGGGAUUCGAGUAGGGGAGAAGUAUCAGCCCGCGAUCGACCUCGUUGGAGAACUUGCUACGCUCUUCCGCGCCAUUGGCUCGAGCUUAUCUGGCCCCUGUCUCGGUGACGAGGUGGUGAACCUUUCGCAGGUGGCUUCGCAGAAGGCUGAGGGGCAAUCUGACGCCGGGUAUGCGUUUGCAAAGGAGUUCUGUGACAACGACCCGUACCCCGACCCGCCCGGACAAGACCUCGCCUUCCAGUUCCCGAACAGCGACACGAUCAAGCUUCCCCCAGCCUCGGCGCUGGCCAAUGUCUCCCCUCUUCCCCUACCCCUCGACAUUCUCCUCCACUCUGGUAUCCUGGUACCGGAGGGAGACGCGGGUAAGGAGCUGUCCGCCUCGACGUCAGAGUGGUGGUCUGGCAAGCACGCAGAGCAGGACUUGUACCAGGACCGGGACCCGAAGGAUUUCACGCCUGUGCGCAAGCCGAAGAUCAUCAAGGUCAGCAGCUCUCUGCUUGACGCGCUCAGUACGGCUAGCGUCGUCGCGUGCCGCGACCUGAAGGAGCGGGCACGUGCCGGUGCCGGCUCUGCCGGGUCUGGAGAGGAGUGGAAGCAGAAGUUGAGCGAGUGGGACUUUGCGCGCAUCGUCGGAUGGCUAGGCACGCGGCUCGACAUGCAUGGCCAUGGCCGCGCUAGCAGGAACGUGCGGAUCUGCCUUUGCACCAGUCAGAAAGCAUACCGGACGCCCUCGGCUGCCAUCACGGUAGUCGCGAUCGGAGCCGUGCAAGCUGUGCUCAAUCUUAAGCCUUCGGCGCGUAAUCUAUCAGUCAAGCGAGGGAUCGAGGAUCCUGUGCUAAGCUUUGGCUGA